GACGUCACGCUGGAUGCCAAUAGCGUCCCCUGGCGGCUGCUGCUGCUCACUGACGUCACUUCAGCUUGUCAUUUUUUUUUCAGCCCCGGAGAGGUCCGCACCUUGCAUGGUAGCGAGCACCGUGUGCUGUGCCGUGGUGAAUCCGAGACAGGACCCAUGCCCUCCCUGUCAGAACAGCUGCAGGAGGCGCGUAGCCAGGCAGAAGUAUGUCUCUACUCUGGCGGCAGAGUGGUGGAAGUGCGGGCCGGUGUGAUGGUGAUGGCUCAGCUUCCUUUACCGCCGUGCUCCAAGUACCACCACAUUGCCGCAGAAACCAUGGUGAUCGAAAACAGCUUUGGCAGCAACAGAAAAGAGACGCUCACAUCACUGCAGCGCUUAUCGACAGCUCUGAACAUCUUGGAGAAGUAUGGCUGUAAUCUGACCAAUCCCAACAGACCAAAGUACUGGAGAACUGUCAAGCACAACAAUCCGGUCUUCAGGGCCACCGUUGAUGCGAUCCAGGGAGGGAGGGCCGUGCUUUGUCUCUACGGUUACUCCAAUCAGCAGCCGGAUGGGCUCAGCUUCCCCGACGACGUCGCCGAUCCCGAUGUUGGCAAAGUUGCAGCAAUAACUCUGGAGGUGAUGAGCCUCAGGAUGGAGCUGGAAAUGCUCAUCAAGGAGACUCAUCCUCAUCCGGAAUUCUACGAGAGAAUCAUUCCUACUCUAAGACACAAGGACGUGGGUCUGAACACAGACAGCGUGGCCGGCCGUUCCUCUUUCAGCCGCGUCAGUCAGUCCGAGUCUCCGGCCUUCCCUCUCCAUCAUCGCUCCCUGACGGAGAGCGGCCACGCUCGCUCCUUCUCCUCCGACCGUCCAAGUCUUCAGCCCGUUCCGCUCCUGUUCCCAACCUUCAAGAAACACCCAGAGAACUGCGCCGUCUGCGGAAUAUUCCGCAUGGCCGUCCACUGCCGGACUUGCCUCCAAGGCAUGUGUUGCGAGUGUGACCGAGUGUACCAUUCCUGUCCUGAAAGGGCCAAGCACCGGCGAACUGCCGUCCCAUCGACGACCUCUUUUGCCCCGACGUCUAAAAGUGGGAGGAGUCAAAGUCCUUCCACCUGGCGUUGCCUUCACUGCACCACCGUCAACUCAUCCCAGCUCGCGCUGUGCGAGGAUUGUGAGCGCCCUCGCUCGGAGUCACUCGGCUCCGCUGCCGAUCAAUCGCCGCCGGCUACCAUGACAGAGUGGGAGUGCAAGAGCUGCACGGUGGUCAAUGCAGCCGGCAGCAUUCUGUGCCAGGUGUGCGAAAGACCUCGCUUGGCGACGCGACCUCCGCUUCCUCCGUCGCACCCGCCCGUCACGCCACCCAGACCGCCGGCGCCUGUACUGGGCAUGCCCGGGGACCCAGACAGCCAGUGGGUGUGUCAGUUCUGCACGUACCUCAACUACUCACCUGCCACAGUCUGCGAGAUGUGUGACCUGGCCCGUCCGGAGCCCGCACCUCUGCCCUCAAAGCUCCGCCCCCCCUCCCCGGUCCGACGGGUCCCCGCCCUGCCGGUCCGAGGCAAAGGAGCGACGCAACGAGACCCAAACUCCUGCAGGCAGCGGCGAAUGAAGGAGGACGGGCUGAAGCUCAUCCGGCUGAUUCGAGAUGGAGAGAAGAACGGCGUCAGCCCGGAGGAGGUGUACACGUGCGUGAGGGUCGCCAAAGAUUCCGCCGUUCUGCCUUGCAAAUGGUUGAAGUCGGAGCUGCCUCGGCAAUUGGACGAGAUCAGCUCGUUGUCGGCCACGCUCGCCCUUCCGUCCAACAGGUGGUAUGAGGCCCCCGCAGAGGAUUCCGGAAAAGCAAAAGUUGCAGUCCAACUUUCCAGAGCGGAAGCCAAGCAGGCUUGGCUGACAACGGGAGGCGAUUCCGAGAGGGCCGCCAGACAAGCUCUGCGAGAGCGACUUGCAAAAGUCAAGAUGCUGCGUUCGUCGGGCUUCGACGACGAGGCGCAUUGUCAUGAGGUUUUGAGGCAAAGCGGGGGGGAGGUGAGAGGGGCGCUGGCUUUCCUGCAGCGCCCCCUUCUGCAACCCUUUCAUGAACGCAUUUGGAGGGACGAGCCCGAGCCAGCGCUGGACAUCCGUCACCCCGACAAACAGCGUAUAUGUCGGAGAUUACUGGCGGUGUACGAUCUACCCAGCUGGGGCCGCUGUGAGCUGGCGCUCUCGCUUCUUCGGGAGCACAAUGCCCCCUACUGCCUGGAGGAUGUCGUACAGGCCGUGCGGGAGUCUCAUGACAGGGAGUUCAUCAAAAGAGUCCUGGCCAAAGAGUGUCCCAUCUGCCUUUCUGUUUUCCCCCAUAGUAAGAUGCAGUCGCUGACGUCGUGCCAGUGUUCCGUGUGUUGCGGUUGUUUCCAGCAGCACUUCACCAUCGCCGUCAGGGACAAGCAUAUCAGAGACAUGGUGUGUCCGGUCUGCUGGGAGCCCGACAUCAAUGACCCCGAGGACCUCAACAGCUACUUCUCCACCUUGGACAUCCAGCUGCGAGAAUGUCUGGAAGCCGACGUGUACGAGCUCUUCCAUAAGAAGCUGACCGAGCAGGCCCUCAUAAAGGACCCCAAGUUCCUGUGGUGUUGCCAUUGUUCGUAUGGCUUUAUCUAUGACGGAGACCAGCUUAAAGUCACGUGUUUCCAGUGUCGCAACAGUUUUUGCGCUCAAUGCAAAAAGCCUUGGGAAUCUCAGCAUGCCGGUUUGUCCUGUGAGCAAUACCAGUCCUGGAAGAGAGAGAACGAUCCCGAGUAUCAGAAACAGGGCCUGGCUGGCUACUUGCGAGACAACGGCAUUACCUGUCCCAACUGUCGCUUCCAGUAUGCGCUGUCGAAAGGAGGCUGCAUGCACUUCUGCUGCUCUCAGUGCCGCUACCAGUUCUGCAGCGGGUGCAACAAGCCGUUCCAUACGACCUGCGCCGUGGAUGAGUGCACUGUGUCCGGGCUGCACGCUCAUCACCCCCGGGACUGCCUCUUCUAUUUGAGAGACUGGGAACCUUCGAGACUGCAGGCUUUAUUGGAGAACAAUGAUGUUGCCUACAAUACUGAGCCCCCUCCCGGAACGCAGACAGGGCUGUGUGGAGUCAUCGAGCAGAAGGAUGAUGGAGGCCAGCAGCCCGACUCAGCUUGUGGAGCGCAGACCCAAACUGGACAUGCUGGACUCUGCGAGAAGCAUUAUCGAGAGUACCUGGUCAGCUUGAUCAACAGCAACUCCAUCGACCCGGCCCGACUCUACAGCACCAACGAACUGCUGCUGGCCUGCCGCAGGUACAAGGUGGACGACGCCCGCAGGGAUACGGAGGACGCAUUCAACCACUACAGCAGGCUGCUUGAAGUGAGUGCGCCGGUCGCAGUCGGGAAUUUGCGGGUCGCCGUCUCCGUUUGCAUCCACCGACAUAUAUUUCUGUUUCGUUGUUCAUCCGCAGAAACUAAUGGAUGAAGUGCCGCUGGGUGACAAGGUCCCGCGCAAGAAAUAACCGGUGCCCGACGCUCCCUGUACACAUCACUUAAGAUAUUUUGGGGGGAUACGACCAAAGCGGAAUUUUCAUUUAAGCCGAGAGGAUGGCAAAUAUUUUGAAAGGAAAUUUCAUAUCGUCACCCUGUUAAAGUCGUUUUGACAUGACAACAUUUAAAAAAUAUUUUUUUUUGCCUUAAUAAACAUCUCUUUUGGAAGCGGGUCAACCUCGGCUAAAAUCGGCUGAAUCCUAAAUUAAACCGAUCAUUUCAUUUUACCUCUUAAAUGAAAUGAUUCAUCCAUUAUUUGAGCUGCUUCUCCAACAGGAGCGUUCUAUCGUGGAACCAAAUGGUGAGUAAGUCCAAAUAGCGGACAGCUAUCUCUCACCAACGCCAUUUGGGGGGGGCUUUUGAGAAAAGGAAAAAAAAACUUUAUUUAUUUAUUAAUGACAAGGUGGGGGGGGGGGGGGGUCCGCUCAUGGCGCAGAUUGACGCACCGCCAGUAUGCGCGGGGUCCAGUGUAUAUCGUUGGUUUAUCAACCUCAACUGACUGAGAGCAACGUUGACGAGGUCUGAACACAAUCCCAACAAAUCCGAAUCUUUUUUAUUGGGCAAGUAUUUAGAACGCACAAGAAUUUGUCUCCGGGUUACUCUCGCACCAUCAAUAAGAAGCAAUUACGAUAAACAAGGACAAGUAUGGAAAGACGUAACGAAAGGGGACCAUUGUGCGGUAGUACCACCCAAUGACAGGCUGUCAGACAACGUCUCAAGCAGAGCUAAAGUGAUCGAUCAUCAAACACACGCAACAGAAUCCUGAACGGCACACCAAAAAUGCUCAUCGUGUACGGUCUGAGAUUCUUUUCAUGGACCUGCUUUAUAAAAAGGGCCUGGAGAUAACUUGUGCUCAGUAAUGAAUUUGGAUCUCAAAUCAACACAGCCGUUCCCCGGAACCACAAAGAGAUUAGCCCGACCGAAACCAGAGCGUGACGGUCGUUUUCUAAGGGAGAAAAAUCACUCGUGCGCGUCGGCAACAGAGACUCUCCCCGCUUUGCUUUGUCAGCCACGUGGUACAUAUGAAGUGAUCAAUAAAGUCCAUUUUAAAUACCGUA